GUAGUCUGUGUGAAGCAGAACACUUUGCUCCUCAUCUUUCUUGGCUCUGUAGACCGACUCAAGGCUAAAGUCGAGGGGUCUUUAAGGGAGUUAACGAGUAAGCCAAUAGUUAAUCUUCUCCCGCUGUGCUAAAAAAUAAUAAAGCAAAAGUAAUAAAGUUGGAGACCAAGCGCCAGAACCUCAGCCUGUCCCAGUGCAAAGAGAAGGAAAGGAAAAACGGUUUUAUGCCGCAAUGGACUCUGCAAAGUUUUCCAGGAAGCUCUGGUGCGCGCGCAAACAGCUCAUUCUGAUACUCGUCCCGCUACUGCUGCUCCCGCUGCUCUUCGUUGUGCCACCAAAGGAGGGCAAAUGUUUGUAUGUGGUGCUUCUGAUGGCAGUGUACUGGUGUACCGAAGCGCUCCCGCUGGCGGUGACUGCCAUGCUUCCUGUGUGCCUCUUCCCCACCAUGGGAAUCCUGCCUUCUUGGAAGGUCUGUCCACAGUACUUCCUGGAGACUAACUUCCUGUUCCUGAGUGGUUUAGUGAUGGCAUCUGCUAUAGAGGAGUGGGGUCUCCAUCGCCGUAUAGCCCUCAAGGUGCUGAAGAUUGUAGGAGUGAAACCUGCCUGGCUGAUUUUAGGCAUGAUGAUCACUUCCUCUUUCCUGUCAAUGUGGUUGAGUAAUACAGCCACAACAGCCAUGAUGCUGCCCAUUGCUAACGCCAUACUGGAAAGUCUGUUUGGAAAUCUGGAGACUCUAAAAGAGAACUGCAAGGUCAAGCGGGACCCAGAGGGUGAUUCUCAGGUGAAGAUGCAUGUGCUUCCUUUUGAAAAACAGAUACUAACCACAGAUGACAGACCUGACUGGACAGACAGAUCAGAGCAAACGAAUCUGGAAGUGGUCAGAAGAGAGUCGGAAUACCAGGUGAAAGUGUGGAAAGGAUUUCUGAUUUGUAUACCUUAUGCUGCAAGCAUUGGAGGAACUGCAACCCUCACUGGCACAGCCCCCAACCUGAUCCUGGUGGGUCAGCUCAAGAGCUACUUCCCUGAAUGUGACCUCAUAAACUUCGGCUCAUGGUUUGUCUUCGCUUUCCCACUCAUGCUCCUCUUCCUUUUUCUGGGCUGGAUCUGGAUUGCUUUCCUCUAUGGCGGGAUCAACACACGACUUUGCAUUAGCAAACAUGAUGAACGGGCAGCCGCAGAAGCAAAAGCACAAGCUGUUAUUGAUGAGGACUAUAAGAAACUGGGCCCAAUAAAGUUUGCAGAAGGAUCUAUCGCUUUCUUCUUCAUUAUUUUUGCCAUCCUUCUGUUCACGCGAGAUCCGAAGUUUGUAACAGGAUGGUCGGUUUUCUUCACCAAAGGCUAUGUAUCUGACGCUGUUACUGGAGUCAUCAUCAUCUCCAUCCUUUUUUUCUUUCCAUCCCAGCGUCCAUCUGUUCGGUGGUGGUUUGAUUCAAGAGCCUCAAAUACUCCAUAUGUGCCCCUGUUGUCAUGGAGAAGAGCUCAAGAGUGUGUGCCAUGGAAUAUUAUUUUGCUGUUGGGUGGUGGAUUUGCAAUGGCCAAAGGCUGUGAGGAGUCGGGGUUAGCAGUAUGGAUAGGAAACCACUUGCAGCCUCUCGCCCAGGUCCCUCCCGCAGUCGCAGUAAUGCUCAUCACAGCCUUCAUCGCCUGCUUCACUGAAUUUGCCAGUAACACGGCCACCAUCAUCAUCUUUCUCCCUGUCAUCGCUGAACUGGCCAUCCGUGUGAAAGUCAACCCACUGUACUUCAUGAUUCCAGCAACGACUGGUUGUUCUUACGCUUUCAUGCUUCCAGUGUCCACACCUCCUAACUCAAUUGCAUUUGCCUCCGGACAUCUGAUGGUCAAGGAUAUGGUGAAGACAGGGUUUGUGAUGAACAUCCUAGGAAUUCUGUGCGUGUCUCUUGCCAUGAACACAUGGGGUCUUCAAAUGUUCAAUCUACAUGUGUACCCUGAUUGGGCAAGACCUUUGAAUGCUUCCUCUGCAACUGUGGCUACACAUACUGUAUCAGCUAUGAAUAUGACAGGCUAGAGAACAACUACAGAGAUGGACACCCUUACAAAAAUAAUUAUACUUCAAGUUAAUUUUAGCUAUACUUUAAGUAAUAUCAAUGUACUAGUAGUAUACUUGUAAGUGUACUAUUUCAAUACUAUGUGGGACUAAAUUGGCCCACUUUUUAGUAGGCCUAUAUAAAAGUACACUUUAAUGUUUACUUUAAGUGUAUCAGUAGUAAACUUUGAGUACACAA